UGCCGUCCACGUAAGGCUUAUUUCUCCUACGGGCAAAGGAGCAAAGGGAGCCCGAGGGAGACAGAGGAUGAAGGCGAGCGCAGGGAGGCGCAGGCUGGUGCAGUGGCCGCAGGUACUGUUGCCCUUCCUGUUGUCUUUGUUUCCCGGAGCUCUCCCAGACCAGAUCCGCUAUUCAAUUCCAGAGGAGCUGGCCAAAAACUCGGUCGUAGGAAAUGUCGCCAAGGAUCUGGGCCUCAGCGUCCGGGACUUGCCGGCCCGAAAGCUGCGGAUUAGCGCGGAGAAAGAAUAUUUCACAGUAAACCCAGACAGCGGGGACUUACUUGUGGGUGAUAGAAUAGACCGAGAGCAGAUAUGUGGGAAGCAGCCUCUGUGCAUUCUGGAUUUCGACACUGUCGCUGAAAACCCACUAAAUAUUUUCCACAUAGCAGUAAUUGUGCAGGAUAUAAAUGAUAAUACCCCGCUAUUCAAACAGAGUAAGAUUGAUUUAAAAAUUGUCGAAUCCACUAAGCCAGGUACAACAUUUCCACUUGACCCAGCCCUGGAUUCAGAUGUUGGUCCUAAUUCACUACAAAGAUACCACCUUAAUGACGACGAGUACUUUGAUCUCGCUGAGAAACAGACUCCAGAUGGACGUAAAUAUCCUGAGUUAAUUCUAAAACAUUCUCUGGACAGAGAAGAGCACAUUUUCCAUCAACUGGUCCUCACAGCUUUGGAUGGCGGAGACCCACCUCAAAGUGGCAGGACCCAAAUCCUAAUCCAAGUCACAGAUGCCAACGAUAACCCUCCGGUGUUCAGCCAGGAUGUUUACAGGGUCACCCUGAGGGAGGACGUGCCCCCAGGUUUCUUUGUGCUUCAAGUGACGGCCACUGACGAGGAUGAAGGCAUAAAUGCUGAGAUCACCUACUCCUUUCACAAUGUGGACGAACAAGUGAAACACUUUUUUAACUUAAAUGAAAAAACAGGAGAAAUCAAGACAAAGGGUGAUUUGGAUUUUGAGACUGCAAAUAGUUACACUUUGAGUAUCGAAGCAAAAGAUCCUGGAGAUCUAGCAGCCCACUGCAUUAUCCAAGUUGAAAUUCUUGAUGAGAACGAUUGUGCACCUGAAGUUACUGUGACUUCAGUAUUUACUCCCCUACCAGAAGAUUCGCCACCAGGAACAAUCAUCGCCUUGAUAAAAACGAGAGACAGAGACUCUGGAGAAAAUGGAGAAGUUUACUGCCAAGUGUUGGAAAAUGCCAAGUUUAUUUUGAAAUCUUCCUCAAAGAACUAUUACAAGCUAGUGACAGAUGGCGCCCUGGACCGGGAGGAGACCCCGGAAUACAAUCUCACCAUCACAGCUACCGACGGGGGCAAGCCGCCCCUCUCCUCCAGCAUAAUUGUCACCCUGCACAUCUCCGACAUCAACGAUAAUGCACCUAUUUUCCAGCAGAAUUCCUACAUGAUUCACGUGGCAGAGAACAAUCCUCCUGGCGCCUCCGUCGUUCAAAUCAGUGCCUCCGACCCUGACUUGGGCCCCAAUGGCCAAGUUUCCUACUCUAUUGUAGCGAGCGACCUGGAGCCACAGGAACUUUUAUCCUACGUGUCUGUGAGCGCGCAGAGCGGGGUGGUGUUCGCGCAGCGCGCCUUC